AGCGUUCAUCACCCCCUAAUUUCUAUUACAUGGAUAACUCUUUUGCUUUAAAAGAUAUUUUAAUGAGAUCUUCACUAGUAUUUUUUAAAUAUUUAGCAGAAGAAGCGAAGUUAUUUGUUUAUUAUUUUUUUUUAAAUAUUGAUAUUUUUCUUUUUAAUAAAAAAAAAAUAUAAAAAAAUAAAUAAGUUCGCCUCUAGUAAAUGCGUUUUUAAGAAAUUAACCCUAAUAACAUUUUAUGAAAUUUUUAAUAAUAAACCUAGCAAACGUGUAAUAGCAAAAUAUGGCAAUUUUCAUCAAAUUUUAGAAUAUUUACUACGUCUCGGCAUACUUGGCAGCAUUGCUUUAUGCUUUAUCGAUCCAAGAUCUACUGGCGAGCGUCGUUCCCGUGUCACCCCAAUGUUAAAAAAUAUUAAUAUAUAGUAAUGUAAUAAAUUAUGUAGGUUGAAUAUUAACAAAUACGAAAAGUUUGGACUACCUGAUUUUAGUUAUUUUUCGAACUUUUGCCCACAAUCCUUUUUGGUUUGUGAUGUAGCGUUGAUGUGUUUAUAAAUUUGCCGUACGCUGCAAUAUUAUUAAUAAUUGUUAUUAGUAGGCAACUAAUAACAAUUAAUAAUAUUAGGUACUUAGGUUAGAUUAGUAGGAUAUUUAGUAAAUUUUGUUUUUUUUUGUUUGAAUUUUUAAGUCUGUCUGCAAGCGACUGUCGCCGCGCCAUCGCGUCGCCUCGGUGCCGCCUUACCCCAUUGUUAAACAAUAAUGUUAUAUUAUACACAGGUAGAAUAAUGAGAAAAACGAAAAUUUUAGACUGGGUACCUGAAUAACUGUAACUUUUUACGUACCCUAACACUUUUUAGUUUGUGAUGUGCCGUUGCAUGUAUAUGGAAGUCUGUCGUGUGCUAUUUUUGUGAAAACUGUGAACUUUACUGUUAUAGUGUUUUUGUUUUUAUUGUGCAAGAGCAGUUAUUUUUUGAAAAAAUGGGAAAACGUAAAGACGGUAAAUCCAAGGUUUACUAUUCGCGCCGGAAAUCAAGGAAACACAAAAAGAGUUAUUAUCUAACUAAUACCAAAAAUACUUUCCGUACUUCUGCUACUGAAAGUAUGCCAAUUCAUAACACAUCUGAAGAGGAAAUAGAAGUUGAAAGACAAAGAACAUCUCCUGAUACCAUAACUGACUACGUUAUAGAAGGAAGGAGAAUCGUAGAUAUUCAGAAGCUUUUUAAAGAAAUCCAGAAUUUAUCCAGACACCCUCCAUUUAAUUGCACAAUUGCAGAUAUGAACAUUUUGACGGAAAAUAGAAAAGGCUUAAAAAGUUCAAUUUUACUAAAGUGCAAAAUGUGCAAUUUAGAAAAAUACCUCAAUCUGUUUACUCAAGAUGAGUCUGAAACAUCCAUGGACAUAAAUGCCGCAGCAGCCUUAGCAACCAUUUCAACGGGUAUUGGAUUUACUGCCGCGGAAGAAUUUAUGGCCAUACUGGAUGUCCCUUUUAUGUCUCCAAAUACAUAUCAGCAGCACCAUGAGUUUGUGGGAGAAAAGAUAAGGGAAACGGCUUGGAAAGCAAUGGAGGAAGCCGCACAAGAAGAGAGUUUAUUGGCCAAAGAAUUAGGAGAAGUAGACCAAUAUAAUCGCCCCUGUAUCACUGUUGUGGCUGAUGGUGCUUGGAGCAAAAGGUCUUAUAAUGUUAAUUAUGAUGCUGCUUCAGGAGUUGCUUGUAUAAUUGGACAGAGGACCGGAAAACUUUUAUUUCUUGGAAUCCGAAAUAAAUACUGCAGCUUUUGUGCAUACGCCAGUGCCAAAAACAUGGAAGUCAUUCCAGAUCAUACAUGUUAUAAGAACUGGUCAAAUACAUCCACAAGUAUGGAAUCCGACAUAAUUGUGGAAGGAUUUCGAAAAAGUAUUGACAUGUAUAAUAUUAUUUAUAAAAGACUUGUUGGGGAUGGUGACAGUAGCGUCUAUAAAAAACUGAUCGAGGCUCGCCCAUAUGGAAGUUUACAUGUGGAGAAAAUUGAGUGCAGGAAUCAUUUAUUAAGAAAUUUUUGCUCCAAAUUGCGUGAAAUAUCUAGUAAGUUUAUUCAUCAUUAGCAUUAAUUUUUGAAAAAGCUAUUAAUUGUUCUUUAUUUAUUUUAGGUAAAAAAAGAAGCAACAGUACAAAUAAUCCGGUUUCACCAUACCUGCGCAAACAUAUUUUGAACAAUAUACGAAGGAUGAGAACUGCUGUUGCAAUGGCUGUUACUCAAAGAAAUAAAGAAGAUAAAAGCUUUAGUAUUAAAAUAGAAAAUCUUACUAAAGAUUUAAAAAAUAUACCAUCCCACGUAUUUGGAGAGCAUCUAAACUGUACAGCCAUAGGAUAUUUUAGAUGUGAUAAAAAGUUUGGAGAAAAAAAUUAUAUUGAAGAAAUGAAGGCAUGUGGGGUUUUGCAAGACAUUGAAGUUUGUCUAAAUAGACUCAUAUUGCAUGCUUCCAGUUUGUUAAGAAAUAUGGACAAUAAUGUAGCUGAACAUUAUAACUCUGUGGUAUGCAAGUUUAUUGGCGGAAAGCGCAUCAAUUUUUCAAAAAGAGGGUCUUAUCAAAUACGGUGUGAAGCUGCAGCCCUAUCUUAUAAUCUUGGAAGCGGAGAAUACCACAGACAAAUUUUUAAAUCAAUUGCUGAAAAAAGUCCUUCUGGUCAUACAAAAAAAUUUAUUAAUAGAGUUAAACAAAGACGUAUUAAUACUCUUAAAAUAAGACCAAAAACCCUAUUUAAAAAACGAAAUAAAUCAAUUGCGCUUCCUGAUAAAGAUUAUGGGGAUCAGGAGGCAGAUAAUAGCAUACAGCCAGACAUGGAAGAAAAUUUAUUUGAAGAAAAAAAAAAGGAAUUUUUAGAAGAACUCGAAAAAAAUGAAAAUGAGAUUAAGGAUUUAGAGAUUAGUACCAGAGGACAAGGAGGAAAUCCAAAGUGGUAUCAAGAAAGGAGUUUAAGGCUUACAGCAUCAAAUUUUGGAAAUAUUUGCAAAAUGCUAGAAAAAACAAAUUGCAAAAAUAAAGUAAAAGCAAUUCUUUAUUCCAAGUUUCGGGGCAAUAAACACACUAAGUAUGGCACCGAAAAAGAACCAUUUGCUAUUCAACAAUUUGAGGAAACCUACAAUUUAAAAGUUGAAAUGUGUGGUCUUUUUAUUGAUUCCGAAUGUUGUGCUUUGGCUGCUAGCCCUGAUGGGCUAGUUGGCUCAAGAGGAUUAGUAGAAGUAAAGUGCCCAUCAACAGCUUCAGCAAUCAGCCCUACAGAAGCUAUCAAUAAAAAAAUAAUCAAGUUUGCCACCCUUGAUGAAAAUGGACAGAUGCAUUUAAAACAGAACCAUGAUUAUUUUUAUCAAAUCCAAGGCCAGCUUCAUAUCACAAAAAGAGAUUUUUGUUAUUUUAUUUUAUGGACACCUAUGGGGAUGCUGGUAGAACAGAUUUGGCGGCAGGACUCAUUCUGGAAUGACAAAAUGAUAGGAAAAUUAAAAAGUUUCUAUUACAAUUGUUUAUUACCGGAAAUUAUCGACCCGCGAUAUAGUAGAGGACUGGAAAUAAGAAAUCCAUCGAGAAAAUAACAACAUUUUAAUUUUAAAAUAGGUAUAUUAAUAGAUUUUUGCAAAUAUAAAACUGUACUUUUUAAAAUAAAAUUUAAAAUAUAAGUAUGUAUAUAAUUGUUUUUUCAAUAAGAUUAGGGUAAAAUGUAUAACAGUUCAAAAAAAAUGUUUAAAAAAAAACAAUUAUACAUAGAUUUUGUAUAAAAAAUGUAUAUUUUUUUAAAAAUGCCUCUUAAAAACUCCCCCGUACAUCAUUAACAAAAAGUCUCGCAAAAAGUUUAAUAAUAAUUGUAGCAAAAAAAAAUUAUAUGAAAUAGGAUCGAGCACCCCAUUUCAAAGAAAAAUUUUGCCAAUAAUCGACAAUCGUAAUGUCUCAUUAUUCAAGUUUCAUAAUUCCCCGCGCCAUGCUAUGCCAUCCUCACCAGAUUUAUAUGACACGCGAGAACCUAUCGGUUUGGUCGCCGCUUUGAAAUGACCCCUUCCCUUCAUCCUUCCGCUGAGUGUUGCCAUAUGUUGGGUGAGCCAAAAAAUCGCCUAUAUUUUGAAAUCCGAGUUGGUCACGUGCUGAUGGAUGCUCUUAAAACCAACAACAUGAGUGUU